UUGACUAGAUCAGCGCAGCCGCAACGACAUUACCAGGACGGAUGUAGUUUUGCUUGUGCUAAAUUAGCCUUAACAAUAGCCUUCGUAUGUUCUAAUUUAACAUCUUUGAAAUUGUUACGGAUGGUAAAUACCACACAAAGUAAUGUUUAAACAAACGUCUAAUCUCAAAGCGUCACCCACAGGUUUCUGCCGCGUGUAUAACAAGCUGUGAUGUUAACGUCGUUGUUAGCCUCUAAGCUAGGAGCGUAAUUUUGGACAGUAACGUGAGGAAACCGCUACACUGUUUCUGCGCUUUUGAAUGAAUGAAAUAAAUUUUUACAUUUGAUAAGUCUCGAAACGAACUAAAUAACACGACGGCAGAGUCAUGGCUACUGGGGCAGAUGUUAGGGAUAUUCUUGAAUUGGCUGGAGGAGAAAAUGAAGGUCCCAUCAGCAAGAAAGAUCUCAUUAACUCAGACAAGAAAAAAUCCAAGAAGACAACAGAAACCCUGACCUUCAAGAGACCAGAGGGAAUGCACCGAGAGGUCUACGCUCUGCUCUACUCAGAUAAAAAGGAUGCACCCCCUCUUCUACCUAGUGACACAACUCAGGGAUACAGAACCGUCAAAGCCAAGCUGGGCUGUAAAAAGGUCCGCCCCUGGAAGUGGAUGCCUUUCACAAACCCAGCCCGAAGGGACGGGGCUAUUUUCCACCACUGGAGACGUGUGGCAGAGGAGGGCAAAGACUACCCCUUUGCCCGCUUCAACAAAACAGUGCAAGUACCAGUUUACUCAGAGCAAGAAUAUCAGAUGCAUCUGCAUGAUGAUGGCUGGACUAAAGCAGAGACAGAUCACCUGUUUGACUUGUGCAAACGCUUCGACCUGCGCUUCAUAGUUGUCCAUGACCGCUACGAUUACCAGCAGUACAGAAAACGUUCAGUGGAGGACCUAAAAGAACGCUACUAUAAUAUUUGUGGUAAGCUGACCAAGGUCCGAGCAGCUUCAGGGACGGAGCCGAAGGUCUAUAUUUUUGAUGCUGGACAUGAAAGGCGUCGGAAAGAACAACUGGAGAAGCUCUUCAAUCGCACACCUGAACAAGUGGCAGAAGAGGAAUAUCUUAUCCAGGAGCUAAGGAAGAUUGAGACUAGGAAGAAAGAGCGAGAGAAGAACACUCAGGAUCUGCAGAAACUCAUUAAAGCGGCUGACACAACAACCGAGCUAAGGCGAGCAGAAAAGAGGGUUUCCAAGAAGAAGCUUCCUCAAAAAAGAGAAACAGAAAAACCAGCUGUUCCAGAGACGGCGGGCAUCAAGUUCCCUGACUUUAAAUCAGCGGGAGUCACUCUGCGCAGUCAGAGGAUGAAACUGCCAAGCUCAGUAGGCCAGAAGAAGAGCAAAGCCAUUGAGCAGAUCCUGGUGGAGCAAGGAGUGGAUCUGAACCCCAUGCCCACAGAGGAGAUUGUUCAGAUGUUCAAUGAGCUGCGUAGUGACUUGGUGCUGCUGUAUGAGCUCAAACAAGCCCACAGCAACUGUGAGUAUGAACAGCAGAUGCUGCGUCAUCGUUAUGAGGCCCUUCUAAAGGCCGGCAGUGGGGGCGUGUGCGGCGUAGGCUCGGGACCUGUGUCUUUGGGACCAGGCGGAGAAGUCAAUGCCACCAACAACACCACAGCAUCCACCCCUGUAGGGGAAUCCCAGUCCUGGCCCAGUGCGGACGACAUCAAGGUGGAAGCCAAGGAGCAGAUCAUUGAUGUUGUCGGAGCACCACUUACCCCAAACUCUCGCAAACGUAGAGAGUCGGCAUCCAGCUCAUCCUCUGUUAAAAAGGUAAAGAAGCCCUGAUGAGGACGGGAGCACUGGCUGUUUCACGGUGGAGGAUGAGGUGAAAUGUUAAGUUACUCUGGUCACUGCGGAGACGUUUGGACAAGAGGGACACAGGGGAGCAGGACACUGUAUUGCUCUCCAUUAAUGUAGAAGCCUCACAGACCACACACACACUCACACACAACUUUCUACCAAUCAGCGACACCUCUCCCACCCAUCCACAUCUGGCUCAGCCUGCAUCAUUGUGACAAAGGCAACAACUGAGUGACAUUUCAUUCCAUUACUGCACGUCUCCCUGCCUCCUCCGUAGCUCAGCCUCAGAUGAGGUAAGAUCAACUGUAAAUUGCCAGGCUGAGCUAAUCGGGACAUGGGAAAGAAGGAGGGAAUGACGGGGUAAUUGAAAUGAAUUGGAAUGAAAGGAGAGACUCUUGGAGUGGGAGGAUCUGGAGCCAAUGAGGGUUUUUUGUAGCGUAAUCAUGCCAUAGUGUUUACUGGAAAUGUGUUUUGGUGAUAGCUGUUAGUACCCCCUGAAACUCUCAAUCCUGGAGUCCUCCUCACUCUCUCAUUGAUUGUUGGUGCCAUCUUCUACACUCUGUACUGGACUGGUGGAGCUGAUUUGUGAUAUUUGUCCCUAAGUGACCUUGAAGAUGCUUCAGUCACUGAUUCAAUAAACCUCUUUUUUUUCA